AUGACCGACAGCUCGAGCAGCAAUUUCUCCAGCAUCCCAAUACUAGAUUGGUCUCUUCUAUCCACCACCGAAGGGCACGCCAAGUUUGUCGAGCAGCUUCGACAUGCGCUCAUCAAUGUCGGCUUCCUCUACCUCUCGCAUCCACCGGUUGCGCGAGAGGAUGUAGAGGCCUUGGUAGAGUAUACGCCGCGACUCUUCGACCUCCCACAUGAGGAGAAAGAACGCAUCCUUAUGGCCAAUUCUCCCCACUUCUUCGGAUACUCCCGGCUCGGAGCGGAACUGACCAAGGGCAAGACGGACCAAAGAGAGCAAUUCGAUUUCGGGACACCGUACGAGAACCAGUGGAAACCAGGUGACCCAGAGUACCUCAAGCUCUGGGGACCUCUUCAGUGGCCUCCGGAAGAGCUACUGCCCGGUUUCAAGGCGACGUACCUCCGGUACUUGGACCAGGUCGAGCAGCUCAGCUACGACUUCAUCAGACUCAUCGCCGAGGCCUUCGAAGUCCCAGAGGAGGCCUUUGCUCCUUUUCUCGGUGGCGAUGCGAAGCCCAAGCCGGGUGUCUUGCAGCACCGUUCGAAGAUCGUCAAGUAUCCAGCCCGCAAGGAGGGCGAUUCCGACCAGGGCGUCGGGCCGCACUUCGAUGGGGGCUUCUUGACGUUUCUGCUCCAAGUAUCCGACCAUCCGGGCCUGCAGGUGCAGAACCUUGCGGGCGAGUGGAUCGAUGCCCCACCCGUCCCUGGUACCUUCGUUAUCAAUCUAGGGAAAGCUUUGGAGACCGUCACGCAGGGACUCGCGCGCGCGACCUCGCACCGCGUGCUAUCGCCACCGCCUGGUUCCACGCCUCGCUAUUCGAUCCCCUUCUUCCAGAGCAUCGCCCAAGAGAUAUGCAUCGGCGACCUUGUACUGGACUUCAAGCCGGAGAUCUUGAAACUCAAGGAUUCACGUGGACAGACUGGUGUGGUGGAUUCGGUCAACUAUCAGGAAUAUGGGCAGUAUCCCUCUGGCUAUGUGAACCUGAUCGGUCGUGUCAAGAGCCAUCCUGACGUCGCAGAGAGACAUUAUCCUGACAUGUUCAAGCAAUUUUUCCCUCAAGGCCUUCCUGCGCAAGGCAGCGCGUACUAG